AUGCGCCUGUGGACAAGCUCAACGCUUCCCACAGCGUUUCUUCCCGCAGCGGCCGCGAGCUCGGCCGCCCAGCCGUGCGGUGGGGGAAGGAGGAGCGACCGGCUGCGCGGCGGGAGCGUCUCUCGGCUGCACGCUUGUCCCCGGCGCGGGACGCUGCUAGGCCCCGGCCAGGUCACCCCCAGGUGGCUCUCGCGCGCGCCCGGCGAUGGCGAGCGCCCCCUGGUGGUCGCGCGGCCGCACUGCUCGGCGGCGGCGGCCAUGGCGGAAGCGGCGGCGGCGGCCGCGGUGGAGCCGGUGCGGGAGGAACUGGAGGCCUUGGCGGCAAUUUUCUGCGGGCCCGGCGAGUGGGAGGAGCGCAGCCGCUCAGAGACAGAUGGGAUCGUGUUCAGAAUUCUCACAAAAGCUGAAGGACUUACGGAAGCAGACAUACCCCUGGAAUUGGUGUUCCAUCUACCCAUGAAUUACCCUUACUGCCUACCUGGUAUCUCAGUUAACUCUGAACAUCUGACCCGUGCCCAGUGCGUGGCUGUGAAGGAGAAGAUGCUUGAGCAAGCAGUGAACCUUUUGUCAGAACCAAUGAUUCACAGGCUCAUUCUCUGGAUUCAGCAAAAUCUUAGGCACCUCCUCAACGAACCAGCCACUGCCAUGGGCAGGGAAAGGUGCACUUUUCCAGCAGACAUGCCUAUGGAAGAUACAGUGUGGAUAACACUUUUGCAUUUAGAUCACAUGAGAGCCAAGACUAAAUAUGUCAAAACGGUGGAGAAGUGGGCUUCUGAUUUAAAGCUGACAGGAAGACUGAUGUUCCUGGGUAAACUCAUACUGAUUUUACUGCAAGGAGACAGAAGCAACAUCAAGGAAUACCUGAUUCUUCAGAAAACCUCCAAAGUAGAUGUGGACUCAAGUGGAAAGAAAUGCAAAGAGAAAAUGAUUAGUGUACUGUUUGAAACAAAAGUACAGACAGAACACAAAAGGUUUUUGGCAUUUGAAGUCAAAGAGUAUUCAUCACUGGAUGAGUUACAAAAGGAAUUUGAAACUGCAGGACUUAAGAAGCUUUUCUCCGAAUUUGUACUUAGGCUAGUAAAAUGAAAUGGAAGACAGGAAUCCUUUAAUAAAACAGUAGUGUUGGUGUCUUUUUUUUUUUUUCUCCUGUUGUUUUGCCUUGGAUUUUGGGUGUGGCUAAUUGAAAUACUCAUAAGGGAACAAUUUUAAAGUUUCUUUGUAGCAAAUUGAUAGACAUCAUCCUAACUUUAGAAACAAAAGCCAGUACUGUUUGUAGAAUACUAAACAAUAUAAGCACUGUGUAUCCUAGUUUUUGUAAGUGAAGGCUAGGUUCAAUAGAUGGAAUAAUAUUUAAAAGAUAAAUAUAAAAAGAUGAUGAAUGAGCCUUUGUGUUUACAUAGAGGACUUGUUAAUUUUCUUGC